UACCCUCCUUUUCUAAUUUUACUUUUUACUCAUUCUAAAGAAAAAGCUACUUCGAGAAGAAAUAUAUAUAUAUAUCAAAUCUCUUUAAUGUCUAAUUUUCCACCGAUACAGAGGCAACAAACAAGUCAAACUCAUUGAACCCAUACUUGCAGACGCUGUUGCAAUGAAAAUAUGUGAACUCUUUUUACUCAAUUAUUGAACUUGAGAACCCUAUCGGAUAAAAAAGUUAGUUUAAGCAUUAUUAGAAGGGCUUCUCUGAGCUGGAUCGGAGUAAGAGACUACAGCAUCAAGGUAUGUGAAGAUUUGUUUCUGCAUUUAAUCCUCAGACUAGUUUCACAUAUUCCUGGAGCCUAGCCUUUGCAGUUUGCAACCGACUCAUGGUCAUGAAUCAUGAUGCUUUGACAGGUGUAUGAAAUUAGAAUAACGAUGAUAUUGAAAUGUUUGGGGUUUUGUGGUUGGAAGAAGAAGGAAAGUUCAUCAUCAAAGAGAAAGUAUAAAACAGUAAUAGAAGAGCUAUGCCAUCAAUUUUGCAUGGAAGAUAUUAGAAAAGCAACCAACAACUUUGACAAAAAACUUCUCAUUCUACAAGACGACUCUUAUUGUAGCGUGUACAAAGGCUGUCUCGAGUAUAACGGUACAACUGAAUAUACAAUUGCAGUAAAACCCGGGCGCGAUACCAUCCGUUCAUAUAUGGUGAAGGAAAUUGAGGUGCUAUGUCAGCUUCGUCACCCAAAUAUAAUCUCACUUAUAGGCUUCUGCGACAAUGAAAAUGAAAUGAUUGUUGUGUACGAGUACAUGGCCAAUGGAUCACUUGGUGAUUACUUGAGUAAAAGGAAGAAGGAACCGCUAUCAUGGAACAAGAGACUAGAGAUCUGCAUCGGAGCAGCACGUGCUCUACACUACCUUCACGCUGGAGCCAAGCGUACUAUCUUUCAUCGCUUCAUACAACCCGCUAACAUUCUAUUGGAUGAGAAUAUGGUACCCAAACUCACAAAUUUUGAAACUUCCUUGCAAGGACCACUCUCUACCUCCAAGCCAAAACCAAUUAUAGAUAUUAUUCGGGGUACAAUUGGAUACAUUCCCGAUGAAGUGCUUACACUUGGCAUCUAUACUGAUAAAUGUGAUGUUUACUCCUUUGGUAAAGUUCUACUAGAUGUGAUAUGCGGCACAAAGGACGAGGAUUUGAUGAACAAGAUCAAUAUGUUAGCAAGCCUACACUUUGGGGAGAAGACGAAUGAAUAUUUGGAACAUUUCCCCCCAAGCAAGCUCUUAUGUUCGUGGAUUCCUAUGGAGGAGAUGGUUGAUCCAGAUCUUAACGGAAAGAUUGCUCCCGAGUGUUGGGAUGCAGUAAUGAGUAUUGCUCAAAGAUGCAUAGACUAUGAAGCAGAUGAGCGACCAACAAUGGGUGAAGUAGAGUUGUUGCUUGAGAGUGCUCUCUCAUUGCAGCAACAAUCUGAUAUAACACACUCUUCUGCUGUUCAUUACACCUUAUCCUCCACCACCUAUAUUCAUAUGCAACCAUCAAUUUGUAUUCAUGCCAAUAACAUAGAGGACAUGCUAAACCAUCAAUUUCCCCUGCCUGAUAUUAGAGAAAUGACCAAUAAUUUCGAUGACGAUUAUGGAAUAAUGGGAAAAGGUAGUUUUGGGGAAAUGUACCGAGGUCGUGUCAGACUUAAUGGUGUAACAGAUAAUUACUACUAUUGGAUCGCAAUAAAGAAGAUGGAUUGGCCAUCAAUUUGUGAUUCUGGGAUGCAGUUCAACUUCAGGAAAGAAAUUGAGAAAAUCUGUGUGCUUCGCCAUCCAAAUUUGGUGUCUCUUUUAGGAUUCUGUGAUGAUGAUGAUGAUGAUAAUGAUGAUGAUGAUGAUCUUGAUGAUUCUGUUGACAAUGAUAAUGAUGAUGAUGCCAAGAUACUUGUAUCCGAGUUCAUACAGAAUGGAAGUCUACUUUAUAACCUGCAUGAUAGUCAUCGGAAUAAGAAAGCUCUGACAUGGAAGAAACGACUGCAAAUAUGCAUUGGAGUAGCACAAGGACUACACUACCUUCACACAGCAUCCAUUUUUCACCGUAACAUUAAACUUACUAACAUCCUUUUGGAUCGCGCUAUGGUGCCUAAACUCUCAGAUUUUGGGUUUCCCUGGUCAAACCCAAUACAUGCAGGUUAUUAUGCUGCUCCUGAAUGGUCUGAAGGUCAUGAAUUCACAGAUAAGUGUGAUGUUUACUCUUUUGGUAUAGUUCUACUACAAGUAGUAUUCACGAGCAAGCUACCGCUUAUUGAGGGGGAGAGUGAUCCGAUUCUCAAGGGUAAGAUUGCACCACAGUGCUGGGAAGUUUUCUUAGACAUCACACAACGGUGUUUGAAAUUUGAAGCAAAUGAGAGACCAACCAUGAAUGAAGUUAUAAGUCAACUUGAGCAUGCUCUGGCACUACAAGAGGAAGCAGAUGCCAACACUAGUGAUGAAUACAACUUAUUAUCAAUGACCUUUGAUGAUGAUGUUUUAUUAGGAAGAGCCUUAUGUUAGCAUUAUUUUCGGAAAUUGUAUUUUGUUGGUUCAUUUAUUUAAUAUGUUUAUUCAAGAUUUAUGUGUAAACUUGUUGACCAAUGAAAAAAGCAUGAAUACUAGCUCAUAAUAUUAUCUGUUA